CUUCCCUUAUCAGUAGUUCAAUUUUUCCUUUCAGACUUUAAGGUUAAGUGUCUAAUCAGACAAUCAAGUUUCUGAGAUCUCCAUUGCCGCUCACAACUUUAAUUCUCAGCACUUAGCAGGUCCGGAAUUGUUUCACAUUCGAUUUUCUUGCAAUCGUCCGCCAAAGGUGCAAUAAAAAAGUAAAAAUCAUGAGUGAAAUCUCCAGUGGAUUGAGUGCUAUUUGGUGGUUACCAGGCGUAAUGAGUCUGCCUGCCUGGUUCAUCUACAGACUAUUCAGGAGCAAGAAGAAAGUAUCUCAACUUCAGGGGAAGGUCGUAUUGAUCACUGGUGCCAGCUCUGGUCUUGGUGAAGCUCUUGCGUUGGUGUUCUACUUGAUUGGAUGUCGAGUUAUUUUAGCCUCUAGAAGACAAGAAGAAUUGGAGAGAGUGCGCUCAGAGCUCAUGUCUUAUCGUAAACACUCGGCUGUAACAACGUAUCCUCCUUUUGUACUCACUCUUGAUCUAUCAGACCUAAAUGUUUUACCAGACCAUGUCACAAGAGCCAUGAAAGCCUUCGGACACAUCGAUAUUCUGAUUAAUAAUGGUGGCAUUAGCUUUCGAGGUGAUAUCAAUAACACCAAUAUUGAUGUUGACAUGAAAGUUAUGCUUGUCAACUACUUUGGGCAAGUUGCCGUGACUAAAGCACUCCUACCACAUAUGAUAAACAGACGGUCAGGACAUAUUGUUGCUAUCAGCAGUGUUCAAGGACGCAUAGCUCUUCCAUACAGGUCUGCAUAUGCAGCAUCCAAACACGCCCUGCAGGCCUUUUGCGAUACGCUGCGUGCUGAAGUUGCUCAGCAUAAUAUUAAAGUCACUGUCUUUAGCCCAGGAUACAUUCAGACUAGACUGUCGCUCAAUGCGAUGACUGGAACUGGAGAAACUUAUGGGAUCAUGGAUGAAACAACUGCGAACGGCUACACUCCAAAACAAGUGGCAAACAGAAUACUCAGAGCGAUUGUAUAUGAAGAGAAAGAAGUUGUAAUGGCAUCUUACCUACCGCGAAUCGCAAUAUGGCUGCGUACGCUUCUGCCUUCACUGUACUUCAAUGCAAUGAACAGGCGUGCCCUGAAAGAAGCCCGACAUGAGAAGAUGAAGUCUAAAUGAGACACCUCAAACACAGCCGUGGUUUUGCGUAGCCCACGGUUUGUCCAACGCAACUAUUCCUAUUUGGGACCAGCAUCCAUCCGAGAUAGCUACAUUUGACUGAUUUCUCUAUUUUCCAAAAGUCUCAAACGGGUAGUUGAGUCAAAUUUUCCUUACUCCAAUGUUGUUUCUGUGCUGGAAAUUAUGCUCAAAUAAUUUAUUUCGAAUCAUUCAUUCGAAACACCUAGGUUAUACAUUUUCAUUAAUGGGUAGAAAUUUUGAGGAGGCUAGCAGGUGGAUAGUUUAACCAACCUCUUGAUUCAUAUUUUGCCCUAAAUCAUAGUUUUACUAACUACAUGGUAAAGACACUGAUAAAUUUACUUAAUGCACAUUGUUGGAAAAUUUUUUUCCCGUAAAAUGAUAAGUUACGUCUAUUACACUCUCAUUGAUGGUAGCUACUAUGCAUUCAUUCAUUUGUAAAAAUACUCUCCUACACCAUUCAAAUCCAAACCAUGAACGCCUUUAUUUUCUUCGUGAAUUGUUUGAUACCAUGUGGAUUGUGAUUACUAAAUGAUCUGUUCAUGACAGUUUCUUUUCCUCUCCAUGCCUCUAUCUCUGUUAACUACCAGUCGACAUUAAUUAGUAUUUUCAAAGAUCGUCAAAAUUUCAAAAAUAUUUGGACAAGAUUACAAUAAUCCCCAAGACAAAAUAUUUUGACCACAGGCUGUCAAAAUAUUGGCAGUAUUAAAUUUUAUUCCAUUUUGACACUAUCCUUAUAUCACAGAAAUUUAAUUUUGCUCCGUCCUUGGAAUAAUUUUUUGUAUACCUAAAUAUUUCUUUAGAAAAUCAGGUUAUUCACAUUCCUUUGCUGGAACCUCCCCACUCCUCAUCUCAUUUUUCAUACUCAAAUGGUAUUGUUCAAUGGACCACUAGACAAAGUACGAAUUUCAGCACUCUGAUACAUGUUUCUUAACUAAAAUUUCACGUAGAACACAAUGCGCACAACGAAAA